UUCAUUCCAUUUUAAUUUAGAAUUUUCUAUGGACGAUGAUAAUGAUGAUGAUCUUCGGAAGCCUAAACCACCUUGGCGGGUUUGUUCUGAAGGUGACUUGAUUAUCGUUUAUAUUUCAGCCGACAAGAUAAAAUCACUCGUAUUGAAUCCAGAUACUGUUAUGGUUAACAAAUACGGGAAGUUCUACGCAUUAGAUUUGAUAGGUAAACCUCUCGGGCGAAAGUGGUAUUCCAGGACGGUUGACAAAAAGGGCCGUUGUGGUUAUGUAUAUCCGUUAUGGCCUACUCCGGAACUUUGGACGAGAAGUAUUUUGCAGCGAACACAACUCGUAUAUAGUUCGGACAUAAGCUUGAUUAUUUACAAGAUGGGGCUUGGUUGUGGUUCUUCGGUAAUAGAAGCGGGUACGGGUUCAGGUUCCAUGACUUUUGCACUAGCUAGCACAGUAUAUCCAGAGGGUCACGUGUUUAGUUUCGAUUGUAAGGAAGAAAGAGUAUCAGCUGUGAAAAGUGAAAUGGAUAAGCUCUACUUUGGUUCUUGUAUCAGUUUUGACUGCCGAGAUAUCGUCGAAAAAGGAUUUGGUGAAAUACUGCCAGUCGACGCCAUAUUUCUUGAUAUUCCCGAACCUUGGCUAGUAGUCAAACAUGUUGUCGACUCUUUGAAGGAGGGUGGAAUGGUUGUGUUUUAUUCUCCGUGUAUGGAACAAGUUUUACGAACUUUGGAAGAGGUGAACUUGUUCGGACGGUUGAAACUUGUAGAAAUACUGACCACUCGUUGUACACCCUAUGAGACUCGACCAAGAAGAGUUUCGCAAGAUGAUAAUCUUGUAACCUUUCUUGAAGAGCAGCUUCCACCCGUUGUCAAGGAAGAGACUCUCGAGAAGACAAGGACUAGUAAAGAAUCAACUGUGAUGAGUUGUGCACCUGCUUAUCGUUGUUAUCGUUCACACACUGCUUAUCUAACUUGGGUUCAAAAAUUAAAUCAUUCGUGAGGAGAACAAAUAGCAAAUGAAGGAAUGAGAAGAUUCGCAUCUUGAUAGAAUUUUGGGAGACACAUUCCGACGGCUUCUCCUUUUUUUUUCCUGAGACAUGUUGUACUGUUUCCCUUAAGAAUCUUUUUGGUAUCUGGCCUAUUUAAAGCUAAAAUUAUUCACUAUAUUUAUUGUAUGUUAUUUGUCU